GGCACUCGAGCGCAAGCACUGGAAGCACUGCAGACGUGCUGUCUCGAGUUAGGUACAAUCUGUGGAGAUGUGGAAAGCAUCUCCCUGGCAGCAGUGCCCCCCCUCUGUGCAGCACACACACAGCUGUGUACGAGGAUCGCAGGCAUUUGCUUCUGAUCAAGGAAAGGCUUAGAGUGCCUGGGACUCACAGUCCCAGGUUAAGUAGCUAGCCCCUUUGUGUUUGGAUUUACUGAGCCAGCAUUGAGCUGAUUUGGCUUCUGGGGACUGGAGAAGCACACAAGAAAAUGCACUUCUCUCUCCUGGUGGGGAGCUGGUUUGGUGCCUUAUUACUGUAAUUGCCAAAUCCAUCAGUCACUGCAGAUUCUCCCUUGGACUUCAUCUUCUACCCUCUGCUCAGGAAAGAAUAGGCAGCCAGUUUGGACAAUGCUUACUGAAAAGUGCUUGGGAUUUUUCUAUUCUGGACUGUGUCUCUGGGCAUCCUUGUUCCUGUCUUUCUUUAAAGUCUCUCAGCAGGGUGAAAGCCAGAGACGCCUGUACAGAGAUCUGCUGAGAAACUACAAUCGUCUGGAGCGCCCAGUCAUGAAUGACUCCCAGCCCAUUGUAGUUGAGCUUCAGCUUUCUUUGCUGCAGAUCAUUGAUGUGGAUGAGAAGAAUCAGGUGUUGAUUACAAAUGCUUGGCUGCAGAUGUACUGGGUUGAUAUUUACUUGUCUUGGGAUCAGUAUGAAUACCCGGGUGUGCAGAACUUGAGAUUUCCAUCCGACCAGAUUUGGGUGCCCGAUAUUCUUCUCUAUAACAGUGCGGAUGAAAGAUUCGAUGCAACAUUUCACACAAAUGUGCUGGUGAAUUACUCUGGAUCCUGUCAAUAUAUUCCUCCAGGCAUUUUGAAGAGCACAUGUUACAUUGAUGUCCGCUGGUUCCCUUUUGAUGUGCAGAAGUGUGAUUUGAAGUUUGGCUCUUGGACUCACAGUGGUUGGCUGAUUGACCUGCAGAUGCUUGAGGCUGAUAUUUCCAACUACAUCUCAAAUGGAGAGUGGGAUUUAGUGGGUGUCCCAGGAAAGAGGAAUGAGUUGUACUAUGAAUGUUGUAAAGAACCAUACCCAGAUGUAACAUACACCAUCACCAUGCGCCGACGUACUCUCUACUAUGGCUUGAACCUACUGAUUCCUUGUGUUCUUAUAUCUGGCUUGGCACUGCUUGUUUUCCUUUUGCCUGCUGAUUCAGGAGAGAAGAUUUCUUUAGGUAUCACUGUUCUGCUUUCCCUGACUGUAUUCAUGCUGCUUGUGGCUGAGAUCAUGCCUGCAACUUCUGAUUCAGUCCCACUAAUAGCUCAGUAUUUUGCUAGCAUCAUGGUCAUUGUUGGUCUGUCUGUGGUCGUAACGGUGCUGGUUCUGCAGUUUCACCAUCAUGACCCACAAGCAGGAAAGAUGCCCAGAUGGGUCCGUGUCAUUCUGCUGAACUGGUGUGCUUGGUUUUUACGUAUGAAAAAACCCGGGGAAAAUAUAAAGCCCCUUUCUUGUAAAUACAGCUAUUCCAAGCACCAUCCGAGCCUGAAAAACACAGAGAUGAAUGUCCUACCUGGGCACCAGCCCAGCAACGGCAACAUGAUUUAUAGCUACCACACAAUGGAAAAUCCAUGCUGCCCCCAGAACAACGAUCUGGGAAGCAAGAGUGGAAAGAUUACAUGCCCCUUGCCAGAAGAUAACGAGCACGUUCAAAAAAAAGCUUUAAUGGAUACCAUCCCGGUGAUUGUGAAGAUACUGGAGGAAGUUCAGUUCAUUGCAAUGCGCUUCAGGAAGCAAGAUGAAGGUGAAGAGAUCUGCAGUGAGUGGAAGUUUGCAGCUGCUGUGAUAGACAGAUUAUGCCUGGUUGCAUUUACCCUUUUUGCCAUCAUUUGCACAUUUACUAUACUCAUGUCUGCUCCCAACUUUAUAGAAGCUGUUUCAAAGGACUUUACGUAAGGAUUUCAGAUAUGAACACAAUGAGCUGAAAGGUAACUUAAAAGUGAAUAUCAUCAGUACUAUUGCUAGGUAAUUUAACUCAAAACAGAGAAAAGUGUACUUUUAUGUGCUGACAUACACAGAAGGGGAUAAAAUUAACUUCAGGAGAUAAUUAUUUCUGAUGUUAGUAAUAGUAGUUACUAAAUAGUAUAAAUAAUGACCUCUUACUUAUUUCCUAGACAACUUCCACACAUAAUUAUGUUGUCAUCUGCUAUGAAAAAUAGAAAAGAAUCCAAAUCCACAAUGUAUUCAUUAGAAGUUAACACCAACGUAAGUGUGUUAUUGUAUCUUUGUGAACUUUUAAAUAUUGUAAUAAUUUAAAUGAUAGGUUAAUGACUAGAAGCAGCAUUUUGUCGUUUUCGGUAUCUUUAUGUUUUAUCAUAUUUGUUUAAUGUGGCUGUGAUGUUUACUUCUCACAUUUGACAGGCAUCUCUCUGCAGUUUUAUGAUGCUGCAUAACUGCAUAUAAGAAAAUAAACCAUGAUGAUGUUUGCUCCUAAUA